AGAGAGCACGCUGCUCGACCCACUCUCGCAGGCACGUCUUGCAAGGCGGAUCGCGAGGCUUGGGUGGACUUUAUGCUCUGCUCACGCAUCAUAGCUGAAACGUCUCGCGUAGAUCGUGCACGUCGGACAGUUGGAGACGCGCUGGUGCGUUCCGUGGACGGUGGUUCCUUCGCUUUGCAACCGCAACAACAUUGUGUCAAGUGAAGUGUAGUGUCGAAAAUCCGGGCUUGAAAGGGCUUCAACAACCUGCUUGUGGGGGAUUGUGGAAAAUUACCUGUGCCUUGUGACGAAAUUUUGCACCAUCCUGUGCAGUGUGAAGAUCGGCGGACCUGCUCCAACUACCUAUGAGUAGCUGGUACACCAUUGCAUGCUGAACGAUUAGGAACGUUAUAUUAACGUUCCUACCCAUGUAUAGCUGGCCGCGGCAGCGAUGGCCAAAAUAGGAUCGUCAUGUCUAGCAUACGUAGUUAUUAAUUUAUUUAUUUUCCAUAGUCUAAUCUUAAGUAGCAAUGCACAGCGCCGACCAGCAUAUGGUAGAGAUCGAUUAGCCAGCAGACCACCGAUCCAUCGUGUCCAUCCGUGUGAGCAGAGCUCGUGCUAUCCGGCUACGGGCAACCUGCUGAUAGGGCGUGAGAACCGGCUGGAAGCGUCGUCCACCUGCGGCACGGUACGACCGGAACGUUACUGCAUCGUGUCCCAUCUGGAGGAGAAGAAAUGCUUCCUUUGCGACACGCGCCGCGAGACGGAGAACGAUCCGAUGCGCAACCAUCGGAUCGGUCAGAUCAUCUACAAAAUGCAACCGGGCACGGUCGAGCAAACCUGGUGGCAGUCGGAGAAUGGGCGUGAAAACGUUACCAUUCAGCUGGACCUCGAGGCAGAGUUUCACUUUACCCAUCUGAUCAUCGUGUUCGCGACGUUCCGUCCGGCGGCGAUGCUGAUCGAGCGAUCGUACGAUUUCGGCAAAACCUGGCACGUGUACAAAUACUUCGCCCAUAGCUGCCGCGAGUCGUUCCCGCACGCUCCGCUGGUCGCGCGGAACAUUACCGACGUGAUCUGCGACCAUCGGUACUCGGGCGUCGAGCCGUCGAAGAACGGUGAGGUGAUCUACCGGGUGCUGCCGCCGAACAUGAACAUCGAGAACCCGUACGCCGAGCACGUGCAGAACAUGCUGAAGAUGACGAAUCUGCGCGUCAACUUCACGAAGCUGCACUCGCUCGGCGACAACCUGCUGGACGAUCGGGACGAGAUACAGGAGAAGUACUACUACGCCAUCUCGAACAUGAUCGUGCGUGGUUCGUGCUCGUGCUACGGCCAUGCAUCGCGCUGCCUGCCGCUCGAGGGCGUCCGGAAUACGGUGGACAUGGUGCACGGUCGGUGCGAGUGCACGCACAACACGAAGGGCUUGAACUGCGAGGAGUGUGAGGACUUCUUCAAUGAUCUGCCCUGGAAGCCGGCCCUUGGCAAGCAGACGAACGCUUGUAAAAAGUGUAACUGUAACAACCAUGCGACGAGCUGCCACUUUGACCAGGCCGUUUAUGAGCACUCGGGACGGGUAAGUGGCGGCGUGUGCGACAACUGUCAGCACAACACGCAAGGCUACCACUGCGAGGAGUGUGCGCCGUUCUUCUAUCGCGAUCCGAACGAAGACAUCCAGAGCCCGUACGUGUGCAAACCGUGCGACUGUGAUCCACGUGGCUCGCUGGACGAUGGCAUCUGUGACUCGAUCGCGGACGAGGAGAACGGCAUCGUGGCCGGUGCGUGUCACUGCAAGCGCAAUGUGAACGGCCGUCGGUGCGACCACUGUCGCGAAGGGUUCUGGAACUUUGACGAGCACAAUCCGGACGGUUGCCAGCCGUGCACGUGCAACACGCUCGGUACGGUGAACAACUCGGGCUGCAACGUGUACACUGGGGAGUGUAUCUGUAAGCGGUUGGUGACCGGGCGCGACUGCAACCAGUGUAUGCCGGAGACGUACGGACUGUCGGACAGUUUGGAGGGCUGUACGCCGUGCAGCUGUCAUCCGGGAGGUUCGCUGGACAAUAGCUGCGACGUGAUUACGGGACAGUGUCGAUGCCGGCCGCACAUGCAGGGACGCGAUUGUAGUGAGCCGAAGCAGCACUAUUUCAUCCCCACGUUGCACCGUAUCCUGGAGGCGGAGGUUCCAUCAACUUUCUGUGAAUCCGGUGGAGGGCAAAACUGUUCGGUUGUUGUGCGUGAACGGGCAAACGAUCGUGAUGCGGACUUCACCGGGCCCGGAUUCAUUCGUGCGUCCGAAGGUACCGUGCUGAAGUUCACCGUAGACGACAUACCGAAGACGAUGAACUACGACGUGAUGGUGCGCUACCAGCCGCAGAUGAAGGGCGACUGGGAGAACGUGCGCAUGACGGUGAUCCGGCCGGAAGUGUACGACCCGGAGGGUCCGUGCGCCAACUCACACCCGAGCUACGAGCGCGACAUCACCACAACACUGUCCGAGUACGAAACGAGCGCCAUCGCCCUGCACGACAUCUGUCUGGAGAGUGGCAAGACGUACAAGUUCAUCGUGUCCUUCCAGCGGCACGAACCGUACGACGAUAAUCCGACGGCCCAGAUACUGAUCGACUCCAUCGUGCUGAUACCGCGCAUCGAAAUCACACCGAUCAUGCAGGGUUCGCACCAGGCCGAGGUGCGGCACCGCGAGUACGUCAACCUGGGCUGCAACCACACGUACUACGACGUGAACUACAUCCUGAACGCGCCGGAAGAGUGCAAGGAUCUGCUGAAAACGAUCAGUGUGUACAUCAACAACGGUGCCAUGCCUUGCGAGUGUAAUCCGACCGGUUCGAAAAGCAAGAAGUGUGCCGAAUCUGGAGGUUUCUGUACGUGCAAGACGAACGUUGUGGGACGGCAGUGCGACCGGUGUGCUCCGGGUACGUACGGCUUCGGACCGGAGGGCUGCAAGGCCUGUGACUGUAACAGCAUCGGGUCGAAGGACAACGACUGCGACCUGAUUACGGGUCAGUGUAACUGCCAUCCGAACACGUACGGCCGGGAGUGUGACCAGUGCCAGCCGGGCUUCUGGAACUUCCCCAACUGUCAGAUUUGCGAGUGCAACGGCCACACACCGACGUGUAACUCGAAGACGGGCGAGUGUCUCCACUGUCAGGACUUUACGCAGGGCUGGAAGUGUGAUCGCUGCGUCGACGGGUACUACGGCAAUCCGCUGCUCGGCUCGUCGAUUGGAUGCCGACCGUGCCGCUGCCCGGACACGGUUGCGUCGGGCCAUUCGUACGCGAACGAGUGCUAUCUGCAUCCUUCGACGAACGAUGUGAUCUGCUCGUGCGAGGAAGGCUAUUCCGGCGCGCGGUGUGACGUGUGCGCGGACAAUUACUACGGCAAUCCGGAGAAACCGGGCGGCCAGUGCCAGUCGUGCGACUGUAGCAACAAUGUCGAUCCGAAGCGCCCGGGUAACUGCGAUUCGAAGUCGGGCAAAUGUCUGCAGUGUCUGUACAACACGGAGGGCGACCAUUGCGAGUACUGUCGCGAUGGUUUCUAUGGUGAUGCGCUGCGGCAGGACUGUCGGGCUUGCGAUUGUAACCUGCUCGGAACGAACCAAACGAUACAGCACUGCGACCGGUACACGGGCCAGUGUCCGUGCCUGCGCAACGUGAAGGGACAGUACUGUGACGAGUGUAUCGAAAACCACUGGAAGAUUGCUAGCGGCGAAGGUUGCGAGGCGUGCGAUUGUGAUCCGGUCGGGGCGCUCAGUGAGCAGUGUAAUCCGUACGAUGGUCAGUGCUCGUGCAAACCUGGCUUUGGUGGACGGCAGUGUAAUCAGUGUGAGGCUUACUUCUGGGGCGAUCCGAACGUGGAAUGCAAACCCUGUGAAUGUAAUGCAUACGGCUCUGCAACUCAACAGUGCGACCGCACGACCGGCAAGUGUGCCUGUAAGUCUGGCAUUGGCGGUUACAAGUGCGAUCAGUGCGAUCGAGGCUAUCUCGGCCAAGCUCCGUACUGCGAACCAUGCGGCGAGUGCUUCGACAACUGGGACAUGAUUCUGGACGGGCUGCGGAACGAAACGGAUCGUACGAUUGAGGAGGCGAAAACGAUCAAGAAGCUUGGUGCCACCGGUGCAUACAAGAAGGAGUUCGAUUCCAUGUCGAAGAAGAUCGCACAAAUCGAGGGCCUGCUGAAUAACACCAUCUCGGAUCGGGAGAUCGAAGCGAUUGGCGGCGAGAUUGACCGUAUUCGCAACCAUCUGCAGGAAUCGCUGCACAACCUGGAGGAAUCGGAACGGAAGCUGCAAGAGACGGACUCGAACAUUAAGCUCGCCAACAUCGAGAUCGUUAAUCUGGGCCGUCGGGCGGACGACGUGAAGCAGAUGACCAACUACCUGAAGGACAAUGCGACGAAGCUGCAGGAGGGCAACAUCGAAGGUGCGUUGAAUCUGACCCGCGACGCCUGGUACCGCGUGAGCAUGCUGGGUGAAACGAACAUGAACAUCACGGCGAUCAACAGCCGGGCGGAGAACUACUGCCGGCGGGCGGAGCAUCUGAUCAACAAAAAUCAGGCCGACGUAGUGCGCAACCACGAGAACAACGAGGCCGCCUUCCUGAAGUACCAGGAGGAGCUGAACGAUCUGAACGGCAACAUGCCGGAUCUGAACCAGCGCAUCUGCGAUCGGCAUGGCGAUCCGUGCGAUGAGUUCUGCGGCGGUGCGGGCUGUAAGAAUGGAUGUGGCGGGCUGCGGUGCGAGAAUGGUGCGUUGACGCUGUCCGAGAAGGCACUAGACUUUGCGAAGAAGACCGAGCAAAACAUUAAGGAGAAGGAGGAGCUGGCGGAUGAUAUUCUACGUUCGAUGUCGCAAGCGAAAGCCAAUGCUUCGGAGUCGUACAAGAAAGCGAAGCGAACGCACGACGAAACUCAAGCUCAUCUCGAGGACACGAAGGAUCUGAUCGAUCGUGCGAACAUACUGGUUGUCAAGCUGACGGACAUGAUCGAAAACACAACGGCGUCGCCGGGUGAAAUGCGCGAACUUAUCGAGCAGGUGAUGAGCUACACACUGCAGCUCGAUCCCGAACAGAUCGAUGAUCUUGCACAGAAGAUUCAGGAUGCGGUAUCUCACCUGGUCAAUGUGGAAUCGAUCAUCCGCAACACGGAGAACGAUCUGCGACGCGUGGAGAUGCUCAAGUCUGAUGCGCUGGAUAAAAAGGAACGCGCAGAAAAGGUGUUAGCGGGCGUGUUGAACAUUACACGCGCUCUGGACGAUGCGGACGAUGCCCAGAAAAAGGCACGCCAAUCGAUCAAGCAAGCAAAUGCGGACAUUGCUUCGGCCAAGAUCGAUCUGGAGGAGAUUGAUAAGGAAACGGAAGAAGCACAGAAGCGUGCCAACUCGACGGCUAAUGCGGUGCUAGCGCUGCAGUCGCGCCUUGAACAGCUCCAGAAGGACAACAUUCGCAAUGAGCUGGACGCCAAGGACAUCAACAAACAGGCCGAAGACGUAAAGGACUCCGCUAACAAUGCGCACGAACGUGCAACACAGCUUAAAAACGAUUUCAAGACCGCAAACGAGUCACUCACGGCACAGGCUCGGCGUUCCGAGAGUGCCCGGGAGCGUGCACAAAACUUGCUGAACCGUGCCUCCAAAAUUACCGUCGACACGACCACUCAGCUGUCAGCUCUGCAGAGUAUGGACGAUAUCUACAAAUCGAACGAAAAGGAAAUCCAGAAUCUGGAAGCUGAGCUGAACGAUCUUACCGGAAAGAUCACGUUCUACCUGCAGACGAUUCAGACCAAUGCGGAGCGCUAUCGUCAGUGCACAUAAUGUGUCGAAGAUUCCAGCCUGCUUUCCGCAAUAAUUAAGCAAUUACUAUGUGUUCACAGUCGAAAAUUGUAGCAAGAGAGGGGUUUUUUUACGAACAAUUAUUCUAGAAAUACACCUAGAGCAAAGAAGUACUACGCUUUACGAUACUUCUUUCGUAGUAUCGGAAAAGUAUAAAAGAGUCUUGCGAGAAGACAGAAAACUAGAUAAUCUUCGUGCCAAAAACAAAGAGAAAGGAAACAAAAAACAAUACGAAUAUGCGAAAAAUAGAAGUGUGCGUUUAAGUUUGAACCGGUGCCGAUAAAGAGAGAGAGAGAGAGAGAGUUUUCCCUUGGUGUUCGUUUAUCCUGUAGAUGCUAAUAACUUUUGAUUUCCAGCCCCGUAUUAGAUUCUUGUUAGGGCUCGUCACUAACAACCACGAGGUGUGUAAUUUAAGAUUUGUAAGGAAUGUUCUAGCCGUAAGAGAAGCCGAGGGGUUUGUCAGUACCCUCGAGCCCCAUUGAGACACAUCCAGUGCAUUUAAAACGUUUUUCCUACAGCUUCCAUGUUUUCAUUUUUAAAAAGAAUAGUGUAUUAGUCAAUGGUGCACCUUUGAUGGUCACACUCACACCGAAACCAUACAAAGCUGGUGUCGCAAUUCUCGAAAAGGAAAUAGUCUCGAAAAUAGCAAUAGACGAUAGGAAGUAUCAAAACGGAACUAGAUUGAAUGUUCCUUCAAUAUUUCAACAACUUGACAGCAAAUAGGUAUGGUCACUCGUACCUAUCGCAAAUCGCCAUACAAUUGUAGUGUUUUAAAAUGCUCGUUUUUAACCCUGAUUUUAAGUGGAACCAAUAACACCUAAAUUGUACGCAAGUCUGUUCGUCGUAAAUAAUAAAUAUCUUCAAUGUUUUAA